AUGCUACAACUAGGCAUUUGCAAGAUUGCAGUGCCGCUAGAUGUGUGCAGUGACUGUUGUGCCAGAAUGCAGCAUGCGCGUCAUAGUAGAACAGUGUUGGCCAUUAAGGACUGUAUGAAGCAAGUAUUCAUUUCACAUCUGAACACUGUUGAGCUGCAGCUCUCCAGGAUUGCAAAAUUUGAAGAACUUCGUAGCAUGCAGCUCGAUCAAUCGAGCAGUGCUGCAGCGCAGAAGGAGCUAUUAGCAGGCUGUCAGGAGGCUGAGCUCCACGAUCUGAAAGAACUGCACAGUCGCCAAAGAAUUCUUAUCCUCAAUCAGUUUUUCCACCAAAAGCAGCGCGAGGCCAAGGAAAAGUUCUACUCUGCAAAGAAUAUCUUAAACGGUUCGUCAGUCACGGCAGAGCAUGCUCAUGGAAAUCAGGGCGACGAAACUUCUGUCCCAGCAGAGACGGCAGCAUCAGAGGACAUUGAUGAUUAUGUCAAAAGAGCUAUGGCCGCAAAAGCUGCACAGGUAGCGGCACAUGAAGAAGAGGAAGUCAAGGAGCUGAAGGAGAGACAUUACACCGAACUUGCUGAGCUGGUGAAAAGCAAUGAAAGCGCCACGAAGGGGCCAACAGCAUCAGUGAAGACAGUCCACGUGGUGUCCCCUGAUGAGCACACGAGGUGCGAGGAAGCUACGCUUCACGAAGGAGCAAAUUCGUCUUAUCAAACUGGAAUUACCGUUGAGAAUGCUCCUAGCACGGUCGUCGCUGAGUGGCAAAGACGGAUGAGGGUUGGAAGCUGUGCAAGCAUUCUGGUUUCCAAGGAGGAUGGAGCUGAUGCAAAGGCAGCUGCCAUUUGCAAGCAUCUAGAAAAGUUUGUCAAUGCCGGGCCUCGGAAGAGUGUAAUGGAUUUUAAGGUUGAACGAGAGCAAUGGAAAGCAAAAAGGGAUGCCCUUCAGAAAUGGCAUCCUCUCUUUUGGUGCAUUGUGGAAGAAGAAGCCAAGCACGGGUCCUACGAAGCAUUCGAAUAUUCUGCAAGCGUAGUCGCUCGUGGGCCAACUUUGUGCAACAUCGAUCGCGUGAUAGUCUCACUCGAAGAAGGGUCGUUCCUUAGAAAUAUGAUUGCAAACCUCGGAAUACUUGGAAAGGCAUUCAACACCUUGGGGGCAAUGCCAGAUUAUCUGACAGCCGAAAGCGAAAGCAGUGAAUCGGGCUCAAGCUCUCCUUCCAGCAGCAGCAGCCAAACAGAGGUGCCAAGGCAGCGGCGGAAAGUCUCGAUAGCCUCCGCACCGUCGUCGCACAGCAGCGAAUCUAGUGGAAGUUCCGAUGAAAGCCGUAAUGAGGGCAGCAGCAGCGAAGAAAGCAGCAGUGAAGACAGCAGCGAAGGAAGCGGAAGUAACGAGAGCAGUAACACAGAGGAAGUUGGCAGGCAUGCCCAGACGCAGGCCGAUAGGCAGUCAGCUAUGGCAGCUUUGGGUAAGCGAAAUGCUCUCCCCAAGGAUGAACUGAUUCACGAGACCUCAAGCGCUUCCUCAGCCGAAAGCAUGGAGUCGAAAAACUUUCAACAAGCUCAACCAGGAUGGGACAGAACAGGCAGUGCGAGCAGUGAAAAACCCGAGAGCAGCAGCAGCGACGACAGCGAUGAGUCCAGUAUCGGGAAUAGCGGUAGUAGCAGCAGUGCGAGUACCAGCAAGACUAGCAGCGAAAGCGGCAGGAACUCUAUCGACGAGACAAGUGGUGAUAGCAGCGAGGAUGUUAGCAGCGAGUCCAGCAGCAGCGGGAGCAGUGGAAGCAACAGCGCUGAAAAACCCGAUAACGAAACCGAAGAGAGCCAGACUACCAGCAGGAGUGGAAACGAAAACGGCUCGGUCGCGAUAGAGAGUAGUCGUGCCUCUCAGCCAGCCAGCGCGGAAGCAGCAGAUGUUGAGAGCUCGUCCAGCUCGUCGGGGAGCAGCAGUUCAUCUGAAAUAGAAUUUCCUGAGGCCAUCAGAAGUUCGGAUGCAUCUCAGAACUCAUCUUCUCCACGUAGAAGUGUGGACACGCUCAAUGGGCCAAGGCUCCAGGGCAGAGGCACCAGCCCAAACGAGAGUACUGGGGGAAGUUCAGGCAGCAGUUCCACUAGCCGGCCGUCGAGUCCAGCCGGUACUGAAACGAACAGCGAUUAG